AAGUCUUAUCUUGCUUCUAACUUCUGCUCCACUUAUUUAUUUUAAGCAAUAAGCACUUAUUUUAAGCUCACCCAAACGGCCCCAAAAGGGGAAAGAAACUCAACGGGGCGGCGUAAAAGAGCACUUGUACUCUUCUUGUCGCCUCGCUAUGACUUCUUUCAGCAUCUCCUCCGCUCUCAGUCUUGAAGCCAAGAGCUCCGGGUCCCACUCUAACCUCACUUAUAGUUAUCCUAGGAGGACUGUUGUGUUUUGUUCUGCCAAGCCGGUGGCCCCACCUGUGAUUGAGCAGACCAACACAGAGAAGCUGGGUCGGAUCGGGUCGCUCAGUCAAGUUUCGGGCGUGUUGGGCUGUCAGUGGGGCGAUGAAGGUAAAGGAAAGCUUGUUGAUAUCUUGGCUGACCAUUUCGACAUCGUUGCUCGUUGCCAGGGUGGAGCUAAUGCUGGUCACACCAUUUACAAUGCUGAGGGGAAGAAGUUUGCCCUACACCUUGUUCCAUCAGGAAUUCUGAACGAAGAGACUAUGUGUGUUGUUGGUAAUGGUGUUGUGGUUCAUCUACCUGGUUUGUUUAAAGAGAUUGAUGGUCUCGAAGCUAGUGGAGUUUCCUGCAGAGGAAGGAUUCUAGUAUCUGACCGAGCUCAUCUGUUAUUUGAUUUUCAUCAAGCUGUGGAUGGCCUUAGAGAAGCGGAACUAGCUAAUUCCUUCAUUGGAACUACCAAGAGAGGCAUUGGCCCUUGCUACUCUAGCAAGGUUAUCCGCAAUGGGAUAAGAGUAGGUGACUUGAGGCAUAUGGAUACAUUUCCUCAGAAAUUAGAUCUCUUACUGGCGGAUGCAGCCUCAAGAUUUGAAGGUUUUAAGUAUACCCCUGACAUGCUUAAGGAAGAAGUUGAACGAUAUAAGAGAUUUGCAGAGAGGUUGGAGCCAUACAUUACUGAUACAGUGCAUUUCAUUAAUAAAUCUAUAUCUGAAAAGAAAAAGAUUUUGGUAGAAGGUGGUCAGGCAACCAUGUUGGAUAUUGACUUUGGGACUUACCCUUUUGUUACAUCCUCGAGUCCAUCUGCUGGUGGAAUCUGCACAGGGCUUGGUGUUGCACCUAGGGUCCUCGGUGAUAUUGUCGGUGUGGUUAAAGCCUACACUACAAGAGUUGGAUCUGGUCCUUUCCCAACAGAAAUGUUGGGUAAAGAUGGGGAUCUUCUAAGGUUUGCUGGGCAGGAGUUUGGCACAACGACUGGCCGUCCUCGUCGUUGUGGCUGGCUUGAUGUGGUUGCACUAAAAUUUUGCUGCCAGAUUAAUGGUUUUUCUUCUCUGAAUCUCACCAAACUUGAUGUCUUGUCGGAUCUCCCUGAAAUUGAAUUGGGUGUUUCAUACAAAUAUGUUGAUGGAACUCCAGUCGAAUCAUUCCCAGGAGAUCUACGUGUUCUUGAACAAAUAAAGGUUGAAUAUGAAAAAAUGCCUGGCUGGCAAUCUGAUAUUUCUUCUAUCAGAAACUACUCUGAUCUGCCAAAGGCUGCACGUGACUACGUGGAAAGAAUAGAAGAGCUUGUCGGUGUACCCAUUCAUUACAUUGGUAUAGGGCCUGGACGUGAUGCCCUUAUUUACAAAUGAGAAUUUCUUCCAUAGUGGCUUGAUGUGAGGAGUUGAAGGUCGUCAAAGUUCCUAACAUUGAUAUAGUUUUUUUUUUCUUUUUGCGGAAGAAAUAGUGUUAAACUGAGGAAGCUUUUAUUUAGUUGUAAACUCUGGUGAGGUUUUGAUCAUAAAAUGGCCUGCAUGGAAAGCUUUUACCUGCAGUAACAACCCUUUAUGGUGUGUGGUUCAAGUUGACAAUGAAUAAUCAGUUAGCAGCUAGCCAGUUAUCAAUGCCA